CCUGGUUCGGAUAAUUAUGAGGUUCUACCUCAAUCUCAAUUGAAUAUAUUGAAGAUAUUAUUGGAACUUCAAUAUAAGGUCCCUCUUGAAGAAGCAAAUGAAAAAGGUGAAACAUUGGAUGAAGAACGAGCAGAAAAAUUAAAUCGC